ACGACUGGAGACAUGCGCUCGUGGGCUCGCGGGAUCCUGUGGUUGUCAUCUUUUACAACUGUGUUGUCUAGUUUGCAUCCUGAGUGUGAGUAUAUCUUUCAGCUGGCAAGAGAUGAGCAGCGGUGUCUCAGAGAGAUCACAGAUCUUGGAAACCUCAGCAGCUCUUCAGGUUGUCUGCCAGUAUGGGAUGCUGUAGUGUGUUGGCCCAAAGCUGCAGUGGGUGAGACGGUCCACUUGCUCUGUCCUGCUGUUUUCUCUCUCUUCAAGAACAACACAGGUAUAGUGAGUCGUAACUGCACGGCUGGCGGCUGGUCCCAUCCGUUCCCUCCUUACCAUGAGGCCUGCAUUGUUGAGGAUGAAAUCCCCGAGGAGUCGUAUUUUUUCACUGUGAAACUGAUCUACACUGUUGGUUACGGAGCAUCACUGCUGUCGCUCUCUGUUGCCGUGGUAAUACUGCUGCUCUUCAGGCGAUUACACUGCGCUCGAAACUACAUCCACAUGCAGCUGUUUUUCACCUUCAUCCUGAAAUCGGUGGCUGUGUUUGUCAAAGAUGCUAUGCUGUUCUCCAGUGACGAUACGGAUCACUGCACACUCUCCACAGCAGCCUGUAAGGCGUCGGUGGUGUUUUGUCAUUAUUGCGUCAUGACUAAUUUCUUCUGGUUGCUGGUUGAAGCCGUGUAUCUGAACUCUCUGCUGGUCUCAGACUUCCCGCGCAGCCGCCGCUGUCUCUGGAGUUUCGCUCUGCUGGGCUGGGGCUUUCCACUGGUUUGCAUUGUCUUCUGGAUCUGCUCCAGACUGUAUUUUGAGGACACAGAGUGCUGGGACAUAAAUGAAGACUCUCCUUAUUGGUGGAUCAUCAAGGGUCCCAUUGUAGUUUCCAUAGGGAUGAACUUCCUUCUCUUCAUGAACAUUAUCAGGAUUCUGGUGCAGAAACUGAACCCUCGCUUGAUCCAAUUCAACAAUUCAGCUCAGUACAGGCGACUGACCAAGUCCACCCUCCUCCUCAUCCCUCUCUUCGGCACUCAUUACAUGGUCUUCAACUUCCUUCCAGACCAGUUCAACGUGAGCCUGCGGCUUUGCAUCGAGCUGUGUCUGGGCUCCUUCCAGGGCCUCAUUGUGGCAGUUCUCUACUGUUUCCUGAACCAGGAGGUUCAGAAAGAAAUACGCUUGCGUUGGAUGCGAUAUCAAGAGGGGAGUUACAUUGUCGUCCCUGUUGGAGCCAAAGGAAGUCAGAUGGACACUCCAUUCUAGAGUCAUUAAAACUCACCGGUGCCUCUAAUAUACAGACCUCGACACCUCCAGAAAACACGAACAUCUGAAUCCAACAGUUUUAUUAAAUACAGAUUGUAUUGCUCAGUCGAUAUGACAACAAAUGGCUUAAACAGACAAAAUAUAUAGUAUUUGGGCUGCAGUAUAUCUGUGCAUUAACACACUUAACAGAGUUCAUUAGAGAGCAUGGUAAAAAUGUGGAAUUCAUCAGAACAAAACUGCUGCUUUUGGGGGGAUUCUUGGUGGGUUUAAUCAAAGUAUGUACAUGUAUAGAGAAAAGCCUAUCAAAAUAUACUUCUGCUGCCCUUCAAA